AUAGAUCUCGGGAAUUAUCCAGUAACCCGGAUUGGCUCGAUUUCGCAUUCUCCAACAGUAUACAAUUAGGCAUCUAUAAAAGAGGCGGUGAUUUCAGGCAUCCGACUAGUCGUCCUACAGACUCAAGGAGGAGCGGGUGCCACAGACUUGUACCACCACCAUGUGUGACGAAGAAGAGGCGGCGGCUCUCAUCUGCGACAAUGGCUCCGGUCUUGUCAAGGCUGGCUUUGCCGGUGAUGACGCUCCCAGAUGUGUCUUCCCCUCCAUCGUUGGCCGCGCCCGUCACCAGGGUGUGAUGGUCGGUAUGGGUCAGAAGGACGCCUACGUCGGCGAUGAGGCCCAGAGCAAGAGAGGUAUCCUCACCCUCAAGUACCCCAUCGAGCAUGGUAUCAUCACCAACUGGGACGACAUGGAGAAGGUCUGGUACCACACCUUCUACAAUGAGCUCCGUGUUGCCCCUGAGGAGUCCCCAACCAUGCUCACUGAGGCUCCCCUUAACCCCAAGGCCAACCGUGAGAAGAUGACUCAGAUCAUGUUUGAGUCCUUUAACAUGCCUGCCAUGUACGUCUGCAUCCAGGCUGUCCUCUCCCUCUACGCCUCUGGCCGUACCACUGGAUUAGUCUGUGAUUCUGGAGAUGGUGUCACCCACAUGGUGCCUGUCUAUGAAGGUUUUGCCCUUCCCCAUGCCAUCUUGCGUCUGGACCUGGCUGGUCGCGAUAUCACUCAUUAUCUCAUGAAGGUCAUGACUGAGCGUGGCUACUCCUUCACCACCACCGCUGAGCGUGAAAUCGUUCGUGACAUCAAGGAGAAGCUUUGCUACAUUGCCCUGGACUUUGAAGGUGAGCUCAAUACUGCUGCUGCAUCCUCCACCAUUGACAAGUCCUAUGAACUUCCCGACGGGCAGGUCAUCACCAUCGGCAACGAGCGUUUCAGAGCACCCGAAUCGUUGUUCCAGCCUUCCUUCUUGGGUAUGGAAUCAUGCGGAGUUCAUGAGACCGUCCACACCUCCAUCAUGAAGUGUGAUAUUGACAUCAGGAAGGAUCUCUUUGCUAAUAUUGUCCUGUCCGGUGGUACCACCAUGUAUGCUGGUAUUGCUGAUAGGAUGCAGAAGGAAAUCACUGCCUUGGCUCCUUCCACCAUCAAAAUUAAGAUCAUCGCUCCUCCUGAGAGGAAGUACUCCGUCUGGAUCGGUGGUUCCAUCCUUGGUUCCCUGUCCACUUUCCAGGCCUUGUGGAUCACCAAGGAGGAGUACGAAGAGUCUGGACCUGGUAUUGUUCACCGUAAAUGUUUCUAGAUAUAUUUUCCAUAUUAUAUUAAUUUCUUCUACCAUGAAAUACAAAACACGUUUGUAAUAAAAUUCACAAUUCUUUUUUAUUGCCCACUUUCAUUAAUGAUAUACUAUUGAAGUUGAAAUGGUUUUGACUGUGUUACGUGGGAGUGAUUUGAUAACUUGCUUAAAGUGAUACAUACUACUUUUUCACCCUCAAAUUAGUGUUAAACACUUCUUUUUUUAUUAAAGAAAAUAACAUUAAAAAGUUUGACCAAUCAAACUUUCAAAAUUUCCUUCGUAUUUUCACCAAAUAAACACGAUCUUUA